AAAUAGGAAAAAUGCAAUUCAAAUGCAGGUCUUCUCUUUCAAAGAAAAACAAAAAGUAAAAUGAAUAACUGGUGCGCUAGCAUCUUUCCUUCCAAUUUAUUUUCGGGUUACCAAAAAAGGAAGAAAUAAACAAAUCAAGAAGGAGUUUGGAAGAAACUGUUGCCCUUCCAAAGGUGGGCUCAGGGGGGCGCUGGCUAACCCUAAGCUGAAACAUCGACGGGGCAAAAGACGCCCCCCCCCCCUCCCCCCGUUUGCCUUUCGUAACACUUGGCGUCCUUCCGUUUUGUACUUUUUGGUAUCGAGCGGUUACCGAAUCUGUCUCCCACUUCUGGAGACUCGCUUUGGACCCCGAUUGCAAAAACAUGCACGCCAGUCACGGGCCGGCGACCAGUUCUGGGUGGCACUUUUUUUUUUUUUUUUAGGUUGUCGGUGUUCAGCGCUUUGGACAACUUCCCAUCUCCGCUCUAAAUAAAGAUGUCUGCCGUUGAUUGGUCUGAAUUUGUGUUCUUAACCCGUCCAUGGGCAGUUUUUUGCCUUAUUGAGAGAUCGGACGGCGGCGUCUGAUGGGUCACACUCAUCGGGCGUCAUUACCGCUAGGAACGUACGAUGCCGUAUUUUGCGCCACCCUCAUGUACGCUCCGACAAUACAGGAAGCGGCGGCGGCGUCCAUUUUGUCAAGUCGACCGGGCCGCGCGGCGGACAAGGCGGGCUGGCUGCGAAGGUUCUGCGGCAGAGGGAUGUUCCGGGAGAUUUGGAAGAACCGCUACGUGAUCCUCAACGACCAACAGCUGACCAUCUGCGAGAAGGAGGGUCACGCGGGCGUCGACGAGGUUUUGGACUUGAGCCACUUCGGCAGCUGCGACGACGUCAAGAAUCGCAAAAAGAAAAUGCGCAGCAAAAAGAAUCACAGCAAGUUUUCGCUUCAACGAUGUGCCCACGCCCACAGCACGGCUGCUAGCAUUCUGUUCCUGGCAGUGAGUCCUGAGGACAAAGAGUCGUGGAUACACGUCCUCAACGUGGCCAUUACGAGAGCCAAGAACAAAGUCCUGGACCAGGUGACUGCGGACCAGGCUCAACUGUGUCACAUGACCCGAGACCGAGCCCGCAUCUGUCGCGGUCGCCGCCCGCCGAGCAGAGGCCACCUGCUGGCCGUGGCAUCCUCCUCGGACGGGACCGUGACUUUGGAUCUGAUUCGGGAAGACGUAACGGUGCUGCGCGAAUUCCACGGCCGCAAUCCAGAGGAAACCCUAACCUCGCCCGCCUCGGGCCGCGUCCGCUCCGAGCCCGACGGCGCGCUCUUCACCGGGUCCGAAGAAGCUUUCGGGAAGACGCGGAGUCUCCCUUGCGGGGGGGCGGCGGCUCUGCGGCAGACGGGUUCCGCUCGGACGUACAGAUCGAGAGAAGAACCUCGGACCUCCCGCAAGAACCGCCGCGCCUCCGUGGAUGAGAUUCGCGGCCACUCGGACAAGAACCGGACCGCGCCGCCGCGCCGGGACGCCUCUGCGUCUGUCGACAAACUGCACCACCUCAUCUGCCUCAAGGUGGCCCAGACGGAGCGGCUGCUGGCCGCCGCCACGCGGGACCGACCCGAAGGCCGAGACGGGAAACGGACUCGGUCGGUGGAGGAAAUGAGAGCGGAAGCCUUCGGUCUCCUGAAGGAGGCGCUUGACGCUCUGGAGCAGGCCAGGCGCAUUCUGCAGGAGGUGAAGGAGUUGGGCAAACUCCACCACCAACCGAACGGCUGCGGAGGACCGCGAUUGGCACCAGCACCGUUAGCAACUUGAACGAAACCGCUGUCGGGACAAUGACGUCGGGUCAGGACUCAUUGACAGGAACCGAGGUACCGGUGGGAUUCUAGUUCAGGUUUUCACACGCGCUCAAAUGUUAACCAUAAAUCACUCAAUCAAAGGGAAAAGCAGCAACAUGAGGAGCGGUUGGCAUCUUUCUGCCAAACAAACGAGUAAAGAAAGAAGCAACUGACGACGCUGCCUCAAGGGUCUCCUCGUUGUGAGGCCAGUGAACGGACGGCGAGCAGAUUCCGCUUGUGAUGCGUCCAGAGCGCCCGGAGGCUUUCUCGUCUCCGACGGCGCACCUCUUGCGUGCUUUCCGUCGACUUUUUGGGGCACGUCGUUCGGAAGCAUCCGCUCGGACGACCCCUCGCUCGGGAGAUUCACGGCGGGGAUGUUGAACUCGCUCAGAGGAACUUAAACUGUUGAGGGGGAUAUCUUCCAAUUUGAACUUUGGAUUUUUAAUCAGAUUCCCUACAAAGUUCU